GUGACAGUCACGGGACCGCGACCAGCUCCGUCUGUCUUCCUGGAGGAGAGGGAGGGAUGAGCGGGGGUCUCCGAGUGUGGCAGGCCAGUGGUGGGGCCCGUUGGGGGGAGGGUGCUGUCUUGGAGGGUCCCUGGGACGGUGGAGUCAGUCCUGGGGCCGGUCCCGGGCCAGAGAGCAGCCCCGCACAGGGGUGGAGGGAAGCCCAAGGGCUGGCUCCCGAGGCCUGGAGGCCUAGGGGAGAUGGGUCAGGUAGCCCUGGGGCCCACUCAAGCCUGGGGUGACCUGGGGCACAGAGGAGCCCUUUGAGGAGCCUGGGCCCCGGGAAGAUGGGGAGUUUGUGGGGGAUCUGUGCCUCCAAAUACUGAGUUCCCCCAGGACAUGGAGAAGGAGCGGGAGACUCUGCAAGCCUGGAAGGAGCGAGUGGGGCAGGAGCUGGACCAAGUGGUGGCUUUCUGGAUGGAGCACUCCCAUGACCAGGAGCAUGGGGGCUUCUUCACGUGCCUGGGCCGCGAUGGGCAAGUGUAUGAUGAUCUCAAGUAUGUCUGGCUGCAGGCGAGGCAGGUGUGGAUGUACUGUCGCCUGUACCGCAAGCUUGAGCGCUUCCGCCACCCUGAGCUUCUGGAUUCAGCUAAAGCUGGUGGCGAAUUUUUGCUGCGUUAUGCCCGGGUGGCACCUCCUGGGAAGAAGUGUGCCUUUGUGCUGACAAGGGACGGCCGCCCUGUCAAGGUGCAGCGGACCAUCUUCAGCGAGUGUUUCUACACCAUGGCCAUGAACGAGCUGUGGCGGGUGACAGGGGAAGUGCGUUACCAGAGCGAAGCGGUGGAGAUGAUGGACCAGAUUGUGCACUGGGUGCGGGAGGACCCAUCGGGUCUGGGCCGGCCCCAGCUCCUGGGGGCCCCAGCCUCGGAGUCCAUGGCGGUGCCCAUGAUGCUGCUCAGCCUAGUGGAGCAGCUCGGGGAGGCAGAUGAAGAGCUGGCGGGCAACUACGCGGAGCUGGGGGACUGGUGUGCCCAGAGGGUCCUGCAGCAUGUCCAGAGGGAUGGGCGGGCUGUGCUGGAGAAUGUGUCAGAGGAUGGCAAGGAACUUUCUGGUUGUCUGGGGAGACACCAGAACCCAGGUGAGGAGCAGGGUGGGCUGAGGGCCACCCAGGGGGAGGCGAGCGCUCAGCCUUGGGUUCUGGGCUUUGAUGUGGGGAGCCGUUGUGGGCUGCCUUCCUCCCUCUACCUUCCACACAGGCAGAGAAGUAGGGACAGGCCUUUGAGGUGGGGGCAUCAGCAGCAGGAGAGCGAGUCUGGGACAGACUGGGAGGGCCAGCUUUCUGCAGGGGAGCUCAGAGCAGUUUCCACUGUGAGGGAGGGAAGAAGGCACUGUGGUCAGUGCAGGGGCUUGGGCCCCCAUGCCCCAGGGAGGAUCUGCUGCCUGCCUUACUCUGAGCCCUCACCAGGCCACGCGCUGGAAGCCGGCUGGUUCUUGCUCCGUCACGCCACUCGGAAAGGUGACCCAGAACUUCGAGCCCACGUUAUUGACAAGUUCCUAUUGUUGCCUUUCCACUCUGGAUGGGACCCUGACCACGGAGGCCUCUUCUACUUCCAGGAUGCCGAUGGCCUUUGCCCCACCCAGCUGGAGUGGGCCAUGAAGCUCUGGUGGCCGCACAGUGAAGCCAUGAUUGCCUUCCUCAUGGGCUACAGUGACAGCGGGGACCCAGCCUUGCUACAUCUCUUCUAUCUGGUGGCCGAGUAUACCUUCCGCCAGUUUCGUGAUCCCGAGUUCGGGGAAUGGUUUGGCUAUCUGAGCCGUGAGGGGAAGGUCGCCCUCACCAUCAAGGGGGGUCCUUUCAAAGGCUGCUUCCACGUGCCACGGUGCCUCGCCAUGUGCGAGGAGAUGCUGGGCGCCCUGCUGAGCCGCCUUGCCUCAGCCCCGGCCCCCGGCGCCCCGUCCCCGCCCGCUGUCCCCGACCGCAAAGGCGCGGAAUAAAGCUGAGCCGACUCCA